CCGCGGCUGGGUGGGCCCCAGGUCUGACCGCCCUCCAUCCAGGGCUGGACUGCGACAUCGACAUCCAGAAGACCAUCCAGAUGGUGCGGGCGCAGCGCUCGGGCAUGGUGCAGACGGAGGCUCAGUACAAGUUCAUCUACGUGGCCAUCGCCCAGUUCAUCGAGACCACCAAGAAGAAGCUGGAGGUCAUGCAGUCCCAGAAGGGCCAGGAGUCGGAGUACGGGAACAUCACCUACCCCCCUGCCAUGAAGAACGCCCACGCCAAGGCCUCCCGCACCUCCUCCAAACACAAGGAGGACGUGUACGAGAACCUGCACAGCAAGGGCAAGAAGGAGGAGCGGGUGAAGAAGCAGCGGUCGGCCGACAGGGAGAAGGGCAAGGGCUCGCUCAAGAGGAAGUGAACUGGCGCCAGGGCCCGCGCCUCAGCCCCGAUGCCCACGGAGGCCUGCGGUGGACAGACGGACCUCGGCGCCCCCUCCCGCUGUAGUUUAAUGGCCGUGUCCCCUCACUGUCCCCGCCUGUACAUAGCCUGUGCGGCCUGGGCAGAGCCAGGCCCUCCCACUCUGUGAAUAAAGCCCGGCCGGUCCCUGUGUGCGGCCACUGUCCGUG